AUGGAUAUUCUUUCGUUGCUUGGAACAAGGAGGAGAUUGAAUGAUGACACCUCCGACCCAGGGAGCGAUGCUAUACCCCCCAAGCGGCAGCGCACUGCAGGCAUAAUGGCACCACCACCCGUGAUUCCCAUCCACCCACGAUUCCCGGCGUUUAGCGUGAGUGGAGUUGAUGCUCUGCAGUUGCUGGUCUGGCAGAAACUAGGCCCAAUUUCUUCCGAGGCAUACAGCCUCAGCAACGUGGUCUUUCGGUCCACUCCAGAGUUGACGUUCCACCGAGUGGAUUACCUGCUUCCAUUCGCCUCCAAAUCCGAAUCGUGCGUUAGGUUGUUUAACAAAAGCGAUGCAGUGGUUCAUUCCUGCCAUGGACAGUACAGGAUUGUUCCCCUAGCCUCUCCGCAUGCUUUCACAGUGUCCAAUGGGGAUGACCAUAUCCAUGAGAUCCGCAGCGUGGACAUGGCAACCGACGAUUCGGCUUUUGUGAUAGUCACACCUCGAAGUUUAGCUGUAGUGGAUAGCAAGACAAAUAGAGCAAUUGGGUCGGCUAAGGCUUUGAACCACUUUCUCGCGGCAAAAUUCAACGCAGCGGCGAGUGUUGUGGCGGCUGGUGGUCACCAAGGGGAAGUGUCUUUGUGGGACAUACGAGCAUCCACGGCAGCUAGGAUAUAUGUCAAGCUUGGAAAACUGCCCCUUCCCUUGAAUUUUGUCCAUUGGUUAUCUGAAUUCCGGCUUAUUACUGGUUCUGCUUCCAGUGGGAGUAUCCAGAUCUGUGAUAUCCGAAAGCCAAAGGCUCCGGUGGCCGUGCUCGAGACACAUUCACGGAGAGGAGUUGCUUCGUUAGACGUUGAUCGACAGGCAGGGCUCAUGUGGAUUGUAUCGAGGGAUAACCAGAUUAGGGUUCAUUCGCUUGGGGCGUUGCCGUCUGAGGCUCCGUUGGUUGAGUUUGAGAGCCCGUUGACCGGCACUGCGGGGAUCUUGGCUAACAACGUGACCGAUGGGUUGCUUGUUAGUAAUGACACGGGCUUUGUACAGUUUCCACUACCCAAGACGAUUAGUGGUUUGGGGUUUCUCAAGCGUGAUUUAGCGGCGUAUCCGGUAAACCCCACAGACUAUGAGAUUGACUCGGUGGUGCUCAACGGAAACUUUACAAGGGCAGCUGUCUGUGGUUGGAAAACCGGGGAGGAAUAUAGCACCGUUGUUGAAUAUAUCGAGUUAGAAUGA